AUGAGUGAUACGGACGCGACACCUUCUAUCGAGGAUAUAGUGCGUGAAGUGAUGUUGAAACUUGCUAGUGUUGUACCGUCAAACAAUGCUCCGCCGCCUGUAAUUGGCAAUAAUACUACAGUACCAAAUACAUUGAUGGAAGCUAUACCCGAGUUUGGUGGUAACGAGUUGGGUGAAGAUUCAAAUGUGUGGUGCAGUUUGGUGGAGGAAAUUACGAAGAACGUUACGAGCCAGCAACGUUUAUCCUCAGCGACGCAUGCACUCACAGGGCCCGCGAAAAGAUGGUACCGAGAGUGGAAAGGAAAGCCGCGCACGUGGGACACGUUUCGCGAAGAUCUGUGUUCAGUAUUUGUGUCCGAAAAAAGACUGCAUCAACGAAUGCUUCGUGCGGUUACGUACACAAGUGACGGAGCCGUUUCAUAUGCUGAAUAUGUCCGUACGAAAUUAAUGUAUUUCGAACAGACGCGUGUAAAUUUUAAACCUGAUGAACUAAUAGAACUCGUUAUUGGUGCGAUCACGGAUGAAAGUGUCAGACAGGCAAUGAUGAACGGCAACCAUCAGACUACCGCGUCCAUGAUUGUCGGAAUUACGCAAUUUGGAAAAACAGGUUGCGAAAAGAAGACUGACAAAGGAGUUGGAGAACGUGCAACCAAGGGGUCACAUACUUCAAGGAAAAGAUGUUUUGUAUGCGACAGCGAUGACCACGUGCAGCGACAUUGUCCGAAAAAGGCUAAAUCUAAACCAAGCGGGGAUGAUGGCCCAGUAAGAAAGAUAGUAACCUGCAGUUUUUGUAAGAAGAGAGGCCACGAGGAGACGCGUUGUUGGGUCAAACAAAGGACUGCAAACACCAGUCAGGAGCAGAAAAAUGCUCAAGCAAAUGUCUGCCAAACAACAAACAUGAAGUUGACACCGAUUCUUCUACGAAAUACGUUACUUAAUUGCCUUAUGGACAGUGGUGCGAAUUGUUCCUUGAUGAGGGAAAGUGUUGCGAAGCGUACGGGUUGCAAUGUGACUCCUUUUGUUACGGUGGUGCGUGGGCUGGGCAAUAAGAGUGUUUCUACGAUUGCAAAAACCACAGCGGUAGUGCAAUGUGAGGACGUCUCUCUGGAACUGGACAUUUUUAUUUUGCCAGACGCGGACGUUCCAUAUGAGGUUGUCAUCGGAAGAAAUGUACUGCGACAUCCAGAUUUGAAGAUGGUGACCGACGUUGACGGUACUAAACUCCAGCGCACGUCAACAUUCACGGAAUCGGGGAAAUAUCCGGCAGGAGAGCAAUGCUGUACAAUUGAUGACAUCGGGAACGACAUGGAUGGAUCGCUGCGUGAACUUUUGGGCAGAUACCAACACAUGAUCGCGAGGGGUAAUCACAUACGCAGUGUCACCACCGCACAGUGGUCCGGAUUGACGUAA